UCAAGGAUUGCGUGUUGAUGCGUGCCGAUGAUACCAACAAGCCACCAUAUGUGGCACGUGUGGAAAGGAUCGAACGAGAUGGUAGGGAUGUAAAUGUGCAUGUAAGGUGGUAUUAUAGACCUGAAGAGUCUACUGGAGGACGCAGGAAGUUCCAUGGAGAGAAGGAGUUGUUUUUGUCUGACCAUUAUGAUGUUCAGAGUGCUCACACCAUCGAAGGGAAGUGUGUUGUGCACUCUUUCAAAAACUAUAUCAAGCUUGAAAAUGUUGGGGCUGAGGAUUACUUUUGUAGGUUUGAGUACAAGCCUAUUACUGGGGCUUUCACGCCUGACCGUGUUGUUGUGUAUUGCAAGUGUGAGAUGCCUUAUAACCCAGAUCACCUCAUGGUACAAUGCGAGACAUGCAUGGAUUGGUACCAUCCUGCUUGUGUGGGCAUAACUAUUGAAGAGGCAAAUAAAUUGGACCAUUUUGUUUGUUCAGAAUGUUUAUCUCAUGAUGACAUGGAAAACCCCCAGGUUACAUUUCCUGUAUCUCCAGAAUCUGACAGCAAGGUGGAGUCAAAGCGGAGGAAGAUAUGA